AUGUCGAACCUACGACGUCCUCCUGGUCCAGUCCGUCAGUUGUCGCUGCAGCAGCCUCCGCGACGUCAACAAGUGCGACGUCAGCGAUCGGCGGAGGAGGACAACAAGCCACUGCAGGUGUUCGCGAAUCCGAUACGAAAUCGGCUUCAGUGUCAAGAUGGAAAGGUGGACCCGGGCCGUCCGAAGGUGCGAGUUGCGUGGGACGACAACAAUCAGGAUUCGGUGGAGAACGAUGUGGCGGUUAUCGCGAGGCAGAUACCGGGGAAGCUGAGACCGCCAACGGCCAGGACGAAGGUCACGACUCGUCCAGCGAUUAGCGAAAAAGCCUCGAUCCUGUACUCGAGACAAGAAUUGGCCGAGAGGUUACGCCUCGCGUGGAAACAGCGCGAGGAGAACAGAGCAAACAUUGAUAUAUUCCUCGCCCAAAACGCCGUCGAGUCAAACUGCGACUCCAGACCAUCGUCCUGCGCCGCUUCGGCACCAUCUUCGGGAAUCAGAAGACGAGAGACGGUCACCGAGCCGCGGACCAACAGGAUAAGUUCCAGAGUGACGCCGAGCAGCGAAACAACGUCUUGCACAUCCGUAACGAUGACGACACCUGGAAAAGCGUACCACCAAGGAGAAAACAUCGCUACAAGUUUGAAACCAUCAUUGAAUGCGAUGCAGGAAUCGGAGAACGGAAUCAUCGCCGUGACAAAGGUACCGACGGACGCUCUAAUGGAGAAACUUGAAAUAUCCACGGAAAGGGCAUCUGAUCAAGGUUUGAUUCGUGUUCAACCCGCUCCUAAUUCAGGCACCAUUGACGCAGUUGCGAUUUUUGAGGACAUCGAAGAGGGCAGGGUCAGUAUUCCAGAUGAUGAUCAAAUAGCACCGAGUCGAGAACCGCUGCAGCAGGAUCGAGACGAGCAUCAGGACAUGGUGGAGGGUGAGUCGAGACCCAAUGGAAACGUGACAGUGGAUGACGUGCCGUCUUCUUCUACUUCAAUUCCAAAAAAGAGGGACCAGGAUGGCGGUGGCGUCAAGGAGUCGUUAGCGACAUCGUCGACGAUGAGCGCGAAGGCUAAGCGAGCAAAUUUUUCAAACAAUUCGCUUCACUCGCAAAGAGUUUCAACGAGCGGAUCAGCAACGGUAACUCCUGGGCAAAGUACAACAGAGCGACGGGAAAGGAUCCAAGUCCCAACUCAGAUUACCAGGGAGCAUAAUUACGGUUCUAGUGGUGUGAUUUCAAUGGUGGAAACGGGUCGAAUGCGGCGAACAAAUUCGGCACCACCGGUCCAGCAUCGUCGACAAUCGUCCGGAGCUCAUAGCGCAGGAGCAGGUGGUCGAACCCAAGUCAGCAUAGUAAUCGACGCGCCGUCAAUCGGGCCGUCGUCGUCUUCGUCGUCGCAGGAAACCAAGCCGGAAUUGGGGGCAGCGAGCGAAGCGCUGGUAAAAGGAUCACCGUCAAUUUCCAAUCGGGCGAUAAAAUCAGCUCCGAUAAUAAAAAGGCGAGCGAAAAGCGGCAAGCGGCGAUCGGGCGGAAGUGGCGGAGGUAGGAUCAGCGACGGUGGCGAAGAAGAGGCCCAGAAUUCGGACGGUAAGUCCCGACGUUCCGGUGGUCGGGGACGGCCCUCGCUCCAGACGAAGGUUCCCGACGUUGUCACAAUGGUGUCCCUCGUCAGUUCGGCCGACAGCGACAGCGACAUCGACCAGAAUUCACCGAGGGACGACAAGCUCAUUCACGAGCUCAGAAACAAGCUGCCAACCACGCCCAUCAUCAAGACCUCAUCGACUGCCGGAUGUACGUCAAUGGCUUCGACGCUUCAGAGGAAACCCAUCAAGUCAGUGUCCUUUCAACAGGAAUCGUUCGACUUUGAAAGGGACGAAAACCCGAAGGAUGAACGGAAAUGGGGAGUGGUCGGAGUAUUCGGACAGCAAAAAUUUCCUGUCGUAUGCCGAAGCGGAGGAAGUGCCCUUCCAACACCGGAAGAAGCGACGAGUUGGAAAUCCGACGACGCUCCGCCGCUCUCGUCGACGACCGCGAGAAACGAGUUUACUGAUCCAGAGGACGCUUUUAUCGCCCCGGUAACCGAUCGGGAGAAAAGAUGCCUGGCUGUUCCGAUCGGGGAUCCGAUUCGCGACAAGAAACGGAGGCUUCUGCGGACGAAAAGUACGCCGCCGCAUCCCUGUGCUGCCGACGAGAGACUUUUGAAUUCUCCGGUUACACCUGCCGCAGAAAAUUCGACUUUGAGAACAGUUAGAGAUCAAGAGGUUGCAAUUGACAAGACGACCGCUUUUUCAGCAGCGAGUAACGAACUUCCGGUGCCUAAGACCGAUGCAAAGAGCGAUAUACUCGGAUUGGACCCGGAACCGGAAACCCCUACGUCUUCCUCUGAGCCGCAAUUUCAAACGAGAAAAGAACGCGAAUGCUGGCAUCUGUACAGAAGGAUGUGCGAUAAAGGGGUCUACGUAUCGUUCGACACUGUUCUCAGAGGAAUGCUGACACCAACAGAAUACCGAUUACGGCAAAAGGAAGCAUCGCCGUCUGAUUGCUGACGUGGCCAGCGUAAGACCAAAGAGUUUUACCCCUAUGGAUUUCACAUGGGAAAAUGGCCAACGAAAACAAAGAGCGCUAUAAAAAUUACCAGACGAAUUCACUGACAGGAAUAAUAAAAAUAAUACACGUACCAACGUAGAUAUACCGACACGUAAGAUUUUCA